AUAGAUAAGUGAUGUCAUAAACGCGUGAGGUCACAAAUAAGGAUUUAAUUGUAAAGGCUAAACAUGGCGAGAAAAACACCAAUGAAGAAAAAUAAGAAGAAAGCAAAGCCUGAAAUGAUUAAGGCGCAAAAAUCCGAGGAUGUCCCUGCACUUGGUCUCCUUCGAAAACUGACUCACUCAGCUAAAAGCAAAAUGAAUUUUGAAGAGCAAGAAUCAUCGGGUGGUGUUGGAAAUCACGAAGAAAGUCGGCGAUUUAGCGCUCAAACACAACCUUCCAGUAUUUCUUGUGAUAAUGGAGACUUACCGGAAUGGUUUGUGGACCUAACCGAAGACAACGUGUCAGCUUUCAAAGAUCUGUUCGACAUGUUGGAUGCCGCCAACACCGGUACACUGAACGCUGACAGCCUCUACGAGGGGCUGAAGCGAGUGGACAGCGACAUCACGAGGGAGGAAGUGGAAACGGUCCUAAAGAAACUGGACAAGGAUGGAAACGGAGAAAUUGAUUUUGAUGAAUUCCUAUUCCAUAUGACCCAAGGGGAUCUUCUAGAGGGACUUGGGGGAGAGGACGCAGACAAGAGGAAGAAAGGGAUAUUCUCCCGUCGUCAGAGGUUGUUCUACACGGCCAUCACACAGUUCUCUCUAAAGCGGAGUCUUGGUGAGGACUUCCGGUACAUCACCAAACGUCAACCGCAUGUCCUCAGCCACUACACUGCAGGCUUACGUCUGGUUGGUCUCACUGAUCGUCAACUUGCGCUCCAAAUGAAAGAAAUGCAAGAAAACGCGCGAAACACGGAUUCGCCGUACGCCAAACCUCUGCAGUUCGUUUCUCCAACAACAGGCAGGAAAAUGAAAGCCAUGCACCGACCGGGACAGUUCGGCAAUAAAGAAUUCAGCAGUAAAUACAAGCUAAAAACAGACCUGGUCAACGUCACAACUCCCAAAAGAUCAACAUCAGAACAACCCGAAGUCAGAGAAGAACCGAAAACGGAUUCUCCAACAACGGAAUUCACCAACAGGAGGUUUCCCGGCGGCUUGGGCAGGGAGAGUAUAGUGACCAAACUUCCCGGCGGGGAUCUCAUCAAUAAGAUAAAGAGACAAAUCAUGAACAAAAAAUUCAACAUGUCCCUUGGUAUCAAAUCUACCCCUUUUGAAAACAUCAAAGAAGAAAAACCAAAAGAUGCGAAAACCAAAUGGAAGAAACAUUGCGGAUGGACAAUACCAAAGAUAGAACAAGUCUUUGUGCCACUUCCAGUUCUGAAAAUUAAGUAUCCCAGGCAGCAUCGCCCCACCAUUGACGAUUUGCCUAACAUCAGAGAGCAAGCCAGAAAAGCAAUGGAUGAGUUCUAUCACAAUAUGCAAAAGGCGUGUGUCGUUCAUUCCCUUGAACACUGGGAAAAACUUUACGCAGACACUAUUCGCCCGAAAAAGUUGCUGGAAAAUUUCCGCAUUGUGUACCGUGCGUAUUCCCCACACAAAGAAGAGGAGGCCUUCGUCGUUUGCCCCUGGAUGCCAGGUCCCCGUCUCUACACCAGGCGCAGAAUCAACCCCCUGAAUCACCAGACGGUCCGCCCUCAGAAGGCACGGUGUUGCUCGAACCUUGUCAUUGAUCCUCCAAAAACGGACAGCGAUAUGCGAUGUGCUUCCAGUUUGAACUAGGGUGCUCGGAGUUUAAAUUUUUUUUUAAAUCUCAAUAAAUGCUCAUAAAAUAGUUGUUAAAUUUUCUCCAUUUCAUUGACUUGUAUUUGUU